AUGGUAAAGCGAAGUAGCCAUAUAUACAAGCUAGAUCCAGUGUUUGGAGAGGAUGGUUUGUUGUGGGUCGGGGGAAGACUCUGUCAAGCGAAGAUGGCAAAAGAAUCAAAGCAUCAACUAAUUCUGCCGAAGGGAGUACAUGUGUCGAUGCUUAUACUUUGUGAAAUUCAUGAAUCAGGUGGACACUUCGGAAGAGGAUAUAUAUUGUUCAAGUUGCGAGAGAAAUAUUGGAUUCCAAAUGCCAAUUCAGCAACAAGGAAGUUGAUUCAUAAUUGUGUGACAUGUAGACGGUACAGAGCCAGAAUUGGUGAACAAAAAAUGGCUGACUUGCCAUCAGACAGACUGGAUGCGAAUGACCCACCAUUCACCCGUGUAGGUUUGGACUACUUUGGGCCAAUUGAAGUGAAACAGAAACAUGUAUCGUGA